GUUGUUUUGUUUCCCCGUACGCCUUUAUAAUUUCUUCCACAGCUGUUUUGCCUCCCCCUUCCGAAACUUUCUCUCAUUUUCUUUUGCGUCCCAUCACUUUCUCGGAUUUUCUCGGCGACUUUCUUCCGUGCCAAGCUGCUACGCUCCGUUUUCCCACCUCCUCCUCCUCCCCCUCCUCUCUUCUCAAUCCCCGAGGAUCGCUCUUGAAUUUUUUUUCCUCCUUCCUUCCUUUCGUCGCCCGAUCUGUGUUACUGUUUCACUGUGUGUAAUUCAAUGGAGCUGGUGAAACAAGAUGGGAAUGAUUCACUCGACAUGCUCAUCAGACAUGCGGUUGGAAAAGACCCUUUUCUCUCCUUCCCUAGACCUGAAAGCAGCCCAGUCCAGCUCUUUCAGCUUCUCCAUACCUUAGAACGACCAGGCUGGCCGUUGCUGACUCCUUUGAAGAUACAAAUGCAGAAGUGUGAAAAGUGCUCCAGGGAGUUUUGCUCUCCUGUGAACUAUAGAAGGCAUAGCCGCAUGCAUCGGCGUUUGAGAAAGCCUGAAAAGGAUUCUGGCAAAGAGAGGGAUGCACUGGGAGCCUUUUGGAAUAAGCUCUCUGUAGCUGAUGCAAAGGAGAUUCUUUCAUUAAAGAGCAUGAUGCUUGAGGAUGUUCCUGGGGCAUCAGUGGAGUCAGGACUAAUGUCACUUAUCGAAAAACCAGGAUAUACUGCUCUGCCACAAUAUUAUCUAAGAGCUGGUUCUGAACUUUUGGAUAUUGUCCAGGCAAGACCACCUAGGUUUCCAAUUUCUUCGCAGGAACUUUUUAGCAUUCUCGAUGAGGCAAGUGAAAAAACUUUCCUGUCCAGCGAGGCUGCACCAAUGCAAAAAUACAUUUUUGACGGAGAACUUGGAAAAAAUAUACUGGAGACUAAAAAUGUCGUUGCUUGCGCAAGCUUUCUUCUGGAACAGCGAUUGAUUAAAGCAUGGCUUGCUGACAAAGAUGCGGAAGCUCUGAGGUGCCAAAAUUUACUGGUUGAAGAGGAAGAAGCUGCUCGAAGAAGACAAGCUGAGCUCUUGGAGAGGAAGAAGAGGAAGAAGCUAAGACAGAAAGAGCAGAGAGUAAAGGUCCAGAAAAAAAACGCUAAGGAAGACGAGAGUACCACAUCAGAAGAACAACAAUCUCCAGCUGAGUCAUCAAGCCCAUUAUCUGUAGCUUCAGAUUCCGAGGCACAGAGAUCAGAUUCCAUACCAUCUGAGGAUUCUUCAUCCUUAGAGGACCCUCAAGUUUUGGAAAUGGACAAUGGGAGAAACAGCGAAACUCAAGCGCCAAUGGUUGAUGAUGAUGGUCUUGGUAAUGGCCAAAACGUGGAAAGGAAAGGUGGCCGUAGGCAAUUGGAAAGAUCACAACAUGGAAUGCCGAAUGGGUUCCAUGGUAAUCAUGCAUCAAAGCUUGGAGGCAUGCGAAAGAAUGGAACUAACAGAGACGCAAGAGCCAAUACUACUAAAGUCUGGAGCCGAAAAGUGGAUAACCCCAAAUCGAUAUCACCAGGUGCAGCAGCAACUCAACUGAACCAAACAAAGAACAGUGAAGUUCUGAUUGGAUCGGUGAGUGUAACUAUCCGAAACAGCUGUCCAAGUGGAGAACAUAACCAAACAAAAAACAGGGAGGAGGAGGGAAGGACAAAGACUGUUGGGGCGAAACCUGCAUCUGAGCAAUCAAUUGUAAAAGUAUGGAGACCAGUGAGCAGUCAGGGAAGGAAAGUCUCAACAGACUAUGGGAACGCAGACGAUAAGAACUUAAACGCAACUGCACCCGAAGUUAAGAACGCUCACCGCUUGAGCUUGCAGUUCAACAACCAAGAAGCAAAGGCGUUUCUUGCAAAGAGAUGGAAAGAGGCAACAUCUGCAGAACACGUGACGUUGGUUCUGUCUCAGGAAACAGACAUGUUGGGUAACAACACUCACGAAUCCUCAAAUGGUGUCCUAACCGCCGCAAGACCAAAGCUCAGGAUGAAACACGAAAAGGGCGCGAAGGUUAAAUAUGUUCCAAAACAGAGGAUUCCUUAAAGACGGUCUUGAUUCUGGACGAGAUAGUAUCAUUCUUUUUAGGUAUACCAAAAGUGCAGUCUUAGCGAGAGUGACAGAUCGUUUUUUUUUUUUUUUCCUUUUGCUUCUAGAGAGAUUUUUUCUUGAGUUUUAAGGGUUUUCUUCAUUCUUUUUUGGCGAUAGAUGAGAUUGAUUUGUUAUUUCAUUGACCUUUUUUUCCAUUGUGAGGGUUUAAACAUGAAAGUUGAAACUUUGAAAUAGGUUUUCAGAUUUUUUUUGUGGAAAAUUAAUCUCUUAAGUCCUCACCAUUUCAGACUCUCGAACUUAAAGCAAAUGUUAAUUGAUUUGAUUAGCGCAUAUGUAUUUGGUUGUACAAGUAUAAUGGACCAUAAAUAACGAGACAUAAACUAUGAAAAGAUUCAUAGUUUGUGGGAAAAAGACAGUACUUUUCUGUUUAUAUUCUUGUUAACAAAACAAUAUAAGACUAAAGUACAUCAAGCUUGUUAAAUGAUGAAAAGAAUAUUAUAUAUAUCAGUACAACAUAGAUUCCUACAAUGCAAAGCUAUUUUUAUGUAUAUAUAAUGUAUAGUUGUUAGACCCCAAUCUCUUUACCAUAUCACUUAAUUGCUUCCACUGUUAAAGAGGUUUCUCUGUUGGGUUAUGAAGAAGAUGAAAAGGCAUUGUUUUUGUUUUUUUCCCUCAGUUUGUCAACUGAAUCCAGACCGUAACACCGGAAAGAAACUCCAACUGUUUCCUGGACUGUUAUCACCUUUUCCUGCGACCUUCUCAUGCGCCCACCACUCUGAUCUAACCGCUGUUCUCUCUAUCAUCUCUUCCUUUGUGUUAUCAAACUUGAACUCUUUGUUCGACCCUAGCGAAUACGAUCUUAGCUUCUGACUCUGCUCGCUCUCUGUUUCUCCCGAAGCUUUAUUACCAGAAACCGAGCUACUCCAUCUGUUUGUUGGCGAAACCGCCUCAUAGGUGUGGUCGCCAUUCGCUUUUACAUGUAAACAAUCAUCUAAACCAGCUCGGUUUAGCUUGCUUGCAAAACAACGUGCAACGUCCUCACCGGUUAACUCGAAAGAAACCCUGUGACUAACCGCGACAGGCUCAUCAUGCCUUGAUGACCCGUGAUCCGAAUUGGCUAAAGACGCAACCUCAGCGAUCUGAACAUCCAAAAGGCUGCUUUCGAGAGGCGUGAGAUUUCCAGAACCCCUUCUUGAAACCAUCUCUGCACCAUUUGGUGUCACAGCACCAGAAGCAAGCUUUGACCCGAGUCCUCCACCACCAUCAGGAGUCAAAGCACCUGAACCCAACCUUGAACCUUGACCAGCUGGUGUGAUGGAUCCAGAACCGAAUCUCGACCCCCAUUUACGCGCUGUGAAGUGCUCGAAACCAAGAAACUUGGGAGGUUCCCCGAUACGAAACUCAAUGAUGGAGCAUUUACCCGGGUAAGGAGAAGAAGUACCUGAGUUUGAGAUCACUGAACCAGGAGAGAUCAGAUUACCACCUGGACUUCCUGGAUACACUUGAUGAGACUGAAACUCGUAAUGUGCGGCGGAAAACUUCUGAUUCAUUCCCCCACUGUUCCUCCGAGCUCGCUCCAGUGAAGAUGUAAGCAACUGAGCAAAGGGCACUUCAGGGGAAGAAGGUGUUGUGGAAGUCAUUUGACCUGACUCUGGCGGUGGCGUGAAUGGCGCAGUGGAUGGUCGGGUGGUGAAGGCAGAGUCUACCGGAGGAGUUACGGGUUGAGUUUCGUGGGCGUAAGGUCCAAUAGCAAAGGCUGAAGGCGGUUCGUUUCGGGAAUAGGUAUUAACGGUCAGUGAAAGUAGACCAGCAGGAGGAGUGUGGGACACAGAUGGAGGACCUGAUUGCAGAAACGAUGCGGGAGAUGAAGGAGGAGCUAUAAAGGGAAGGAAUAUUGAAGUUGAGUUUGUCGAGGAGCUUUGGACUGUGGCUGCCACAGGAACUGUUCCGGAUGCAACCGGUUCGGGCACUAGCACCGCGUGGCCGAUCCGCUUAUUGUUCUUUUGUGAUCCAAAACACCAGUACAGGCUCCAGCAGCUUCCCCAUCUUUUCUUCUGAAGGGACGACGGCUGUACUCGAGACUCGGCGGAGGCGAUGGCGGAAGCGGCGGCGUUCACCGUCUCGACGCUAUUGUUCACGUUUCUCAUACCUUGGACUUCGAUUCACCAAACAACUAACAUCCAGAUUUGCAAACUCUCCCCACUACUUCGAUCUCAGCAAUAACGAGUAAGAGAUGAUUCCCGGUAAGAAUCAAACGAACAAAAAAAAUCGGAAUGUAGUAAAUGUGAAUGGAAACAAGAGAAUAAAUAAGCAAAAGGCUUUAUUUUUCUGAUGAUGGAUGAGCCUCUCUCUCUCUCUCUCUCUCUCUCUCUCUAACUCUCUCUGUCUCUCACCUGUCGUUAUCUUUUACAGUUUUCAUUCAAUUUCCCACGAGAUGAUGCCACGUCACUAGAAUAGACGGUUCGGACCCACGCGCUUCUAUUUUUUUAUU